CAAGAGUUCCGCCUCCCUCUCACACGCCAGAGAUAAGUACCUCAAAUGGGGUUAUAAUCUGGGGACUGCAGGCGACUUGGUUAACUAAACCAUUGUAGCUCACAUGGCUUCUCGUUCUCUCCCUCCUUUGCUUCCUUCGUCUGGAGGUCCCCGGAAACCGCCCCAACCUCCACCUAAGCGCAGCCGUGUCUCUACAGCCUGUGAUUCUUGCCGAAACCGUAAACUCAAGUGCAAUGGGGAGCGCCCCCAAUGCUCCCAAUGCAUUCUAGUUAACUUAAAUUGUCACUACAGAGAGACUGAGACCCGUGCCGCCAAGAGAAAAUAUGAACAACUGAAGGCGCAACGGUCAACUUACGAACAGAUCUAUAGCAUGCUGCAGACGGAGCCCGAUAAAACUUCGGACGACAUAUAUCUGCGCAUACGACAAGGCGGUGAUGCAGCAAGCAUCCUCAACCAACUUCAAGAUGGAGAUCUCUUACUGCAGCUCUCGUUGCAACCAGAAACACGAUAUCGGUACACCCUACCAUUUGCGGCUGAUUUACAACCCCUGUUUAGAGAUAUGCGCACCCCCUUCCACGACUCGACCUUAUUUAGGUCCGUUACGCAACCACCCUCUGCUGAAACUAAUGAACAAGAGCCGCCAGUCUUCAUGAAUAAUGCUGAUAAUCAAGAGUGCAUACGCAACAUUCCAUACCACAGAGCACUUUUGACCGAUGCCGCCCUCGACACUGAUUCCACCAUGAUCUCAAGAUGGACGAGCAUUGGCUGUGAUAGAAAGCUUCUCCAAAAGUUACUCAGAACGUACUUCCAGUUUCAUUUUCCACUGUACCCGGUCUUCCACAAGGGUAUAUUCCUCGAUGAAUUGUUUGCAGGAGGGACAGUCUUCUGUUCGAGUCUUUUGGUUAACUCCAUUCUGGCAAUUGCUUGCCACGGCAUCGAAAGUUUGAAGAAUCGCUCAGACUUCUGGCUGCCCCAGACCGCAGGAUACCAGUUCUUCGCAGAAGCAAAGCGCCUAUGGGAAUUAGAGCAGGAGGACCCUAAACUGACAACUGUCCAAGCAGCCUGCAUUAUGGGCCUAUGUCAUGCAGAGAAUGGAAUGGACAAACUUGCUUGGCCGUACUGGAAAAGAGCUAUUGCCAUGGCCAAAGAAAUGCGACUGUUCUCUCAGUCGUCAGCCCCACCACUGAACAGGGAAUCAAUUGUUCGAUCAAUAACAGCAUGGGCGCUCUUUAGCCAUCAAACGAUAUUCGCUUUCCACUAUUUUCGGUCGCCUCUGGUCCACUCUCCUCCAGAUAUCCCCCUACCAAGUGAGAAACAGUCUGCAGGCUGGUUUGGCGAAUCCUGGCUCAAGUACUCUUCGACGAAGGAACAAGUUCCUCUUCAUCUAGGUUCUUCCUUCAUUGCCACGUGCGAAUUGUGUGAAAUUUUGUGUGACAUAAUGAGAGUAAUGUUCCAGGCUGACCAGCCAGACACAUUUGGUAGAAUUCAUCAAAAGGAUGCAUCAGACUUCCUGCAACGCCUAAGACAAUGGGAAGCAGGUCUCCCAAGAUAUCUGUCGGCGAAGAUUGUAUUUCUGCCCAAUCAUCUGUUGCUUCACAUGCUAUAUCACGAGAUCGUAAAAGCUACAUCUUCGCUGAACCAAAUUUCGGAAAAUAGCAUUAACACCGCCAACCUCAUCACCCAUGGCAAUUUGACUGCAAGGGCUGCAGUAACCCAUUCUAAUUUAAGUCUUACUGCCCUCGUCCACAUGUUCUAUCACCUCCACGGCUUCGAAUCUUGGUAUACCUACGCCUUCAGGCAUAUUUCCGUCGUCGGCUUCACUGCACUAGAAUCUCUCCAUCCCACAACACCAAACCCGCUCUUGCCCGAAGACAAAACGCGAGCAAUCCGCGCGACCCUCCUCCUAUGCGCCAAAGGGCUCCACGACCAAGGCCGCAACAUCUACGUCUCCGAAAUGGCCUUCUACCUUCUCCGAGAAGCCAUGAAAGAAGAGGCAACCCAAUUGAACUUCUUCGACCUCGAGCGCGAACAAAUCACGGCGCGAAAGGCACUUCUGAAGAAUCAUGCACGUACAGACUUGCUGAUCAAUGUCGCUAGCUUCGACUGCAGCAACCUAGACAAGUACAGGGCCGAGCGGCUGAUUGCGAAUCUCAGUGAGGUGGAGAGUAACGAAUCGGAUUAGCUCCGCAGCGGCAGAGGGAGGUCGCUUGGAGAUUAGGGUUUUGGGAGUUCAAGGCUUGUAUCGAUAUAGAUAGGCUUGUUUUGCGGUACUUGAUACACACGGGAAAACCGGAAAUAAAAUGGAACUUGAUGACAGAGAAGGAUGGGAUUUUCAUUGUUGUUAGUUUGGUAAUAGCUGUUUGGUCCUAAUGGGUUGUUUGGCGAUUGUAUCUUUUCUAUGCUAAGUUAAUUUGGAUUCUGAGUAACAGUGCAGGUAAUGACAAUUCCCAUGGUAUAAA